AUGCAUGUGUCUAUCAACCACUGUUGGCAACUGGGCCUAAAUAACUACAUGGCGCAGACUCUUGCAACUCCAACACCGCCCAAAAGUCAUCCUUGGUCUCCCACCGGUGCUUGCGUGAUGGGAAAGCAGGCUGGCCGUGUCGGUGCGGAGCAACCAGAUACGCUGCUCGAGUGUGGAAGCCUGGAUGUGCUUCUGCGAUUGAUGGAUGGUGUAUGGUCCACCGUAGCCCGGUUCAAGUCAGCGCAGCCUCUGCUGGAAAUCUGGCUCAACAAUGGAAUCUUUGCCGAUGUGACAGAUAAUAUGAUCAUCUUCCGGGAGAAAAUCUUCGGCCCUGUGGUUGUCAUUCCAACAUUCGAGACGGCAGAGCAGGCCAUUAGAAAGGUCAGCAACUCAGUGUAUGGUCUGAGUGCUCGAUAUUCAUACAGAACAUUGAACGAGCCCAUCGACUGGCCCGAAAAUGGAAAGCGGGAUGGGAUGGAUCAAUAG